AUGUUCCGCCUAAUUUUCGUGUUGACUUUAGGCUUGUUCUUGGCCAGUUCCCUUAAAACAUCAGAGAAUAAUUCAACUGCGGACCAGGUAAUCUAUGAAUCAAAAUACAAGUAAUGAUUUUUCUUCUGUAAUUCCAGCAAUCCUCUCUUGAAAGUUUUAGAGUCGUUGUACUGCAGCCGUGAUUUAAAAUAGAUGAAUUGAAUUGCGAUAGCGCACUCCGUCUCAAGCAACGAGAGGUUCUUUCAGGUUAAUCAGUAUCUUAUUAAUGAAAGUGCUGCCCAUCAGCAGGGGCUUUUUUAGUUGCUAAAAAACAGUUACAUGUUACGUGCGAAAUGUUUAAUUAAAAAAAAAAAACAGCUAAUUUUUCAAGGUUCUUUUCCUUUAAAGCCAUUUUGCCAACUAUCGAAGCUAAAAGAUAAGGAUCGAAAUUCAGUUAUUUUAAGUUGAAAGCGCUGCCGGUAAACCCGUCCCACAUUCUACACCCGUAUGGACAAUUUUCUAGGGAUAUCACUGUAAUUUGUCAAAUCCAUCCCUUGAGCUGGUGCAUUUGUUCUCAGGAAUAUGAGAAAGGCCGAUUCCCAGUGCAGAUCGAACUUGUCUUGAAAUCCUCCUAUCUUUCUCUAGAAAACGUUUCCCGAGAGGCUGAGAAAAGCAAUAAGCUUCUACGCCAUAACCACGAAGUCGACUUAAAUGGAGAAGAUAGUUCGGCUAAGAAAGUUGAGAAAUCGAUGACAUGGCAUUUUUUGUCGCACGUCAUUGUAUCUUUACGGAGCAGGCUCCAGAUCUUUAUCAAAUUUACUUGACGUAGACAGUGCGCAUGUCACACCAAUUGACUGUUUGUUCUUUUAAUGGCCUGCCCCUCACCAUCACUCGAAAUCUCUCCUUGAAUAUCCUAGUGUCUAGAUUUUCUUUACACUCUUCUUGCAGAACAAUGGAAGUACAGCAAGAAAACACAGCUGUUUGUCACAAGUAACCUGCUGUAAAGAUGGUAAGCGGAAAAAUUACACAGUAAUUUUUAGGGAGUUAUUAUAACUCCAAAAAUGGAGUAAACAUUUUACGUACAGGAUAACCCCUUUUAUGGGGUUAAUUUAACUCCUAAUUUAACUCCAAAUUUGGGGUCAUUUUUACUCCUGAAAAAGAGUUCCUUUAACUCCCAGUCUGGAGUAAAAAUAACUCCGAAAAUAGGGUUAUUAUUUUAACUCCUCAAUAUCUGGGGUGAUUUUUACUCCUGAAAAAGAAUUCUUUAAACUCCUUUUUGCAGUUAAAAUAACUCCCCCCAAAAAUAACUCCACUGUAAGGAGUUAAAUUAACCCCACUGGAGGAGUUAUCAUAACUCCUUGAAAGUUACUAUAAAGCCAAUAUAAAAGACAUCUUUUAAGCAUUUUCUAAGAAGAAAAUGGAAACUUCGUUUUUUGUGAUAUUGCUAGGACACUUUUACUGUAUUUACAUCGGCUGAUAAUCUCAUUUAUUUUAUCUUUUUGUUUAAAUAUCAGGCAAAGACGGUAAAGAUGGAAAAAACGGUGAGUUGACACAAGGCGCCUCUCCAGUUAAUAAUUACAUAUACCCCCUUCAUUAAUUCUGAUAUUACUGUGACCUUCAAGUAUCAUUGGAACAUUUUAUGGCUACCUUUUAUGUAUACCUUACACAACAAAUGGCACUUCUACAGAACAUGCUAUGAUGAAAAAGGAAUUAGACAAGCUGAAGAGUCAAACAUUUGGUUUAUAACUGAGGAAAAGUCCCUACCGUUUGAUAUACCAGCAUGGUAGCCUUUUUAUUGGAGCUUCCCUUUAUUAAUCAUAGUCCAUCAUAAUAUAAAGGACUACUCAGAUGAAUUCCUUACUGUCUUUACUAGUAAGACUGUUGCUCAUCAUGUUUUGGAUAAAGCAGCCCCAAUUUAUUUCAGUUCGCUUUGGUUAUAUUAUAUAAUGAAACUAUCUAUUUUGUUUCUGUUCACACAGGCAAAGACGGGCGCGAUGGACUACCUGGUAAAAUAGAAUAGCAACUCCUGCUAGGCUACGAUUUGAUGUUAGCAAAUUGCUUCCAGAACUGAAGCCGAGUUCAACUUGUGUAGCUUUGUGUGAACAUGCAUCACGUCCAGAACAUGUUUUUUUUUUUUGCCAUAUUCAUUAUAAUCGAUAAGAAUAGCUGUUGACUGUUUAGUGCAGUUUUUGAGGUGUUUGUUUUGAUUUUUCUUUUCGCCUAAAUUGAUCCGUGCUCAACUUAUUUUGUGCAAGCUAUUUUGACAUUUCAGAAGUAUAUAGCAUUUUUUUGCAUUGAAUAUACGUCACAAGAAAUCUAAAUCCAUAGAUCUCGGACAUCUUAGUACUACAAUGUAAAUAUCUGCCUUUGCUACAUUUAAACACAGGAAGAGAUGGCCGCGACGGACGCGAUGAAAUGCUGCCAGGAGCAAAGGUUGGUGGGUGUUGUUAUGAUCAAAAAUUGUUCAACGAACGAGAACUCAGACUCCUCAGCGCUCGACUGAUCUGAGUCGUAAACGUAAUUUAGCGCCGAUACAUAACUCGGUAUUACUACGCUAUUUACUUAGAAUGUCGGAGUUGAGGUUUUGAACUUUCUAACAGCAACUACGCCAAAAAGCUGAUUAAAAAAGACUUAACUCUUAGACGUUAUGCAGGCAAAGCUAUGUCAAUACCUUAAAAGAAAAAGGCGAGGCAUGCGAAUGAUGGCAAUUUCAGAGUAUUAUAUUCAAAGGAUUGAUAGGGUUCAUUUACCAUUUGCCUCAAACCAGUCGCAACAGUAUGGUAGUCGCACGUUUAAUCCGCUUGCUGUUCAUGGUUCGAUUGCUCAGUAGUAAUUGGUGCAUUUUGCUGCUCGCUCACAGCUAAUGGAUUUUGAUCCUCAUAUAAGUUUAUGACAGUAUAACUCGUAAAGACGAGAACUCGUGCAUCAUGUGCGAACGACUGUGUGAAACAAGAAUUCAAACACUCACACUCGUUGUUACCUUGCUUUUUUGACAUGGUUUAUAUUUUUGUAUACGUAGGGAGAUAAAGGUGAUAUUGGCGUGCAAGGACGAGACGGAGAACCCGGUAUUAAGGUUUGUAAAUAUUUUUACAAUAAUAACUUCCGAGAAGAAACCACCAAUGAGAUGACUUGACGAAAGUAGCUAGACGGCAAGGAGGCCUUCAUCCCGCACAGAACACCAUGAAAAUCUCGCUAACUACCUAAUUUAUUACCUAUCCGAAAGAAUGAUGAUUUCUGUACUUAAUGUUUGCCUUUUCUAUCUGAUUUUCGAUACAUAAAAACAUCGCAACAAAAUGAAAUAGGCAAGAGAUGCUGUCGGACCGUGUUUCCUCAGCGUUUUGUGCUUGUGCCAGUUGAACACUGAAUAUUUGCUUAGUUAAUGCACCUAGGUAAAAUAGUUGUUCUGAAAUAUUCAUGGAAUGUAAGGUAUUCACAUUAUUUAACUUGUAUAACACUUAAAUAUUCAAAAUAAAGUAACAAUAUAGUAAUUCGUUCCCCCUUCCUUUUAUUUGUACUCAUAAUGUGGGAUGGCGUUAGUUUCAAAAGGCCAAUAAAUCAUUGCUAACACAAUUAAUUUCGCUUUCUAAUUGUAUUAUUUAAUCUGCGGAUGGAGCUAUCCACUUUUUUCUGUAUUUCUUUAAGGGCGAGAAAGGAUCUCCUGGCAACAAAGGAAGACAAGGAGAAAAAGGAGAACUAGGACCGAAAGGAGUGCCGGGAAUAUGUGAUCCACAGGUUCUCUAAGAGAGCAUUAAAAAAAAUGGAUAUGAAUUCUAUUUUUCUUCAGCUUCUUUAUAAUUAUUAUUAUUUUCACCCAAAAUUAUGUUUUGUUUCUUUGUUCGUUUGGAUAUACAGUUUAAAUAACUUUUAAAUUAUCUCAGCUAUGGAAUUAAUAGGGAAACUGUUCUUGUGCUAAAAAUGCAAACUGUUUUCUUUUUGAAUACCGCAGGGUUCCUCUUGUAGUAAAUCAGCCUGCUGUAAAACUGGUAAGCAAAACGAUAUACAGCUAUUUCGAGAGAGGUUGUCGGAAAAAAUGUGCACGCCACAAUCCCGAAAGGUAAUAUGGGAUAUGAUCAAUAUAGAGUUCCUCACACUGCAGCUGUCGAACCUACUUUUUUUGCUUUCCUUCAGCACUCGCAGACACAUAUCCAUGGCCCCUCUUGCCAUUCUUUCAAAUUUCUUUGAAGAACAGUGAACUAAAAACCACCCACAAUACCUUUCGGGAUUGUCGCGUGCACUUUUUCCGACAACCUUUCUAGAAAAAGCUGUAUGCCAUCAAAAAUUCUCUACCCCUGCAGUUUUUACCACUUAUUUUGCAAAAGUCAGUAAGGUUGCUGUAACGUUUCGCCUUUUGUUUUCUCCUGUGACGUAGAAAGUCGGUGUGUAUUAUUGACCAAGCCUGAGGUCAAAAUGGCUAGAUAUUAGCCAACUUCGAACUCCACAAAAGCGGGGAGGAAACGAGGCCAAUUAACUGAACAGGCUUGAUCAAUAAUUGAUUUAUUAUAUAGCCAAAAACAGUUUAUGGUGGGGAAAGAAAGCGGGUAAGACAGCUAUACCUUGUCUGAACGCGUAGCCAAUCAGAACACAGAAUUCACCUGAUCUUGCCCCCUCGCGGAAAUAAAGAGCUGGAUAUAUGGCCAAGAUAACUGUUUUUCUUGCGUAAAUUAAACUUGGCGGGAAUUCCCGAUAGGGUAAAGUAAGCCGAAAGUAAUCCAAUCAGAAUACGGUAUUCCGGCGGUUAAUCAUGCGGGUAAGUGAAACCAGCCAUACUAUAAAUAGACUUCUCAGACAAAUUUUAUAAUUCAUAAAGAAAAUACAAAGGAAAUUAAUGUUGAAUGAGUGUUUGGAAAUCAGAUGAAAAACUGCUCAUUUUCGCAUCCUUAAUUUGUCCUUCUAAAAUCGUUUUGUUUGAGAAGUAAUAUCAAGCAUUCGACACAGUGUUUCAUCACCAGAUGAAAAACCUCGAAAUUCGACAAAAAUACUCCGUUGCGCGUCGUAUUUUCAACUCUCUUUUCAGUGUUUCAUCUGUUGAUGAACACUGCUCAUGCUUGAUAUAUUACAUAAAGAAAUGCAAUACCAAUUUCAGCACCGAAGCACACGUGCGAACUCCGCGGUAUCAGUGCCUUACACACGCGCACAACCAUAUCGACCCCCAACAGUGGCAGCCAUGGACAGCUGUUUCGUCCUCAUAAUAAGUGACUUAUUAGCAUAGCAUAACCCCCUGGCGAGUGGUCUCACUUUCGAUCAUCGACCCCGCCGCUGGUAUUGUUUACAAAGAAAUGCACUAAACCGGCGUUACCUCUUUCUUUCCUCUUGACAAAGGGAGCUACGCUGGUUCCCAGUUCCACUUGUUUGAGAAAGUUCAAGAUCUACCAACCCAAGGAGCUACUAGUGUGGAACAUUUUACUAUUAAUGGGUCGCAGUUUCUUGCUUUUGCUCAGUUUGUUUACUAUCUAAAGUCUAACUCCACUAUCUACAAAAUGGAUGAAUCAACAGGAAGAUUUAAGUUAUAUCAAACCUUGCAAAAUAAUGGAUCUUUAGACAUUGAAUACUUUACAAUCGGGAAAAAACACUUUCUCGCUGUGGAUAGUCUGGAUAGCUUAUACCUUGGUACAAACGAUUCGCUGAACUGUUUAAUUUAUCAGUGGAAUGGAAAGAGGUUUGUUGUCAGUCAGAAAAUACCUAGAAAAACUAUAAACCGUUUCACUUUUUUUACAUUAAAUGGUGACAAGUACCUCGCAGUAUCAGACGCCGGUGUAACUUCGUGGGGUCUCAGAGAACCACAUGCUUUCAUUUACAAAUGGACCGGUAGCCAGUUCAGCAAGUUCCAAGAAGUAGCAACUGGAGAUGCUGUGGGAUGUGAUGCGUUUGAAAUAAACUAUGAAACUUUUAUUGCCUUUGCAAACGCCAAUGACUCCCAACAGUCGGCAGUUUUUAAGUGGUCAGGGGAACGCUUUGUCAAAGUGCAGUCCCUUCAGACUUAUGGAGCCUAUGAUGUUAAGUCUUUUCAAAUAAAUAGUCACACAUUCCUUGCCUUUUCCGAUGGUUUUUACAACGAUUCCCUUAUUUUCAAGUGGAAUGGCAACAAAUUUAAUCUGUUCCAGUCCAUUCCUACUCGCACACCCUCGAGAUUGUAUCCAUUUGUGAUCAGCGGUCAAACGUUCCUGGGUGUGGCCAAUCGCCAUGGUGAGAAUGAGAAGUUUAAUACAAAAUCUGUUGUGUAUCAGGCCGUAGGCUCACGAUUCGUCAACUACCAGGAGAUUCCUACUCACGAAGCGUUUGACAUGACGUCAUUUGAAUACAAAGGUGAUACGUACUUGGCAGUGGCAAAUUAUGGCAGUGCGAGACGCUACGCCAACAGUUUCCUGUAUAAAUGGAUCUAA